CCAGAGCAGAUCAACUGGUUUAUGGUUUUGGCUUCCAUUGGGGAGAUUACCAACGUGAGAGAAGACUAUACGGUACGCUUUUCUACAUCUUGCUAAACCCUGGUUUCCCCCCAUCAAUUUCGAUGCUUCAUACUUUCAAUCGUAAAUUUUGCCAUAGAAAUCUCUACUUCAUUCUCAAACAAAACCCCCACUUCAGCACUAGCUCUUCAACAAGCCCGAAUUCCAGCAGAAAUGCACUCAAUAAAUGUUCCAGUAGCUUCAGUUUAUUUGACUCUUCAAUGGGUAUCAAUCAAAUUUCCUUCCCUUUUAAUGUUUCUAAAACCCCCAAUUUGAUUAGAAACCCAAGUUUUAUCAGAAGCUACUGUUCUCGUGAGUGGACUGGGGAUAUAGAUUACUUGGAUGAAUCGGGCAGUGUUAUAUACUCUGGUAAAGGUAUUCGGUCAGUCGAGCCGGGGCUUGAUGAUCAUGUUAUGGUGGGUGGGUUAAAGAAGCCAAUUUUGAAUACCUCAGCUGUUGCUAAGAUUGUUGAGGUUGUUAAGAGGUGGAAAUGGGGACCAGAACUGGAGACCCAAUUGGAUAAACUACAGUUCAUGCCUAGUAUGAUUCAAAUAACUCAAGCCAUGAAGGUUGUCAAAGAAAUCGAUGCAUCAUUGAGUUUAUUUAGAUGGGCAAAGCGACAGUCUUGGUACGUCCCGAGUGAUGAGUGUUAUGACAUAUUGUUUGAUGGGUUCAAUCAAAGUAGAGACUUUGGUGCGAUUCAGUCAUUGUUUGAGGAACUGGUUCAAGAGUCUAGUGGUAAUGGGGUUUCUUUAUUUAGUGCCUGCAAUCGUGUGAUUCAGUUUUUGGCUAAAGCUGAGAAAUUGGAGAUGUCAUUUUGUUGUUUCAAGAAGGCUCAGGAUUUGGGUUGUAAGAUCAACACUCAAACGUACAAUGAUCUUAUGAUGUUAUUUUUGAAUAAAAGUUUGCCGUACAAGGCGUUUGAGAUAUACGAGAGCAUGCAAGCGGCAGGGUGUUUGUUGGAUGGAUCGACAUAUGAGUUGAUGAUACCUAACUUGGCGAAAUCAGGUCGGCUUGAUGCAGCUUUUAAGCUAUUUCAAGAGAUGAAAGAACGGAAGUUUAAUCCAGGCUUUAGUAUCUUUGCAUCUCUUGUUGAUUCGAUGGGGAAAGCUGGGAGACUGGACACAUCAAUGAAAAUCUACAUGGAAAUGCUGGGUUCUGGGCAUCGACCAUCUGCUACUAUGUUUGUUUCUUUGAUCGACUCCUAUGCAAAGGCUGGGAAGCUUGAUACUGCCCUUCAGCUUUGGGAGGGGAUGAAGAAGGCUGGUUUUAGGCCGAAUUUUGGCCUAUACACGAUGAUCAUUGAGUCUCAUGCGAAAUCAGGAAAACUUGAGACUGCAACAUCUAUUUUUAAAGAAAUGGAGAAAGCUGGAUUUCUACCCACUCCAUCUACGUACUCGUGUCUCUUAGAAAUGCAUGCAGCAUCUGGACAGGUUGAUUCUGCAAUGAAGCUUUAUAACUCAAUGAUAAAUGCAGGUUUGCGGCCUGGAUUGAGCACAUAUACGGCUCUUUUAACGCUCUUAGCUAAUAAGAAACUUGUGGAUGUUGCAGCAAAAAUCUUACUUGAAAUGAAGUCUAUGGGAUACUCUAUUGAUGUCAGUGCUAGUGAUGUUCUAAUGGUUUAUGUUAAAGAUGGUUCCGUUGAUCUUGCCUUGAGAUGGUUAAGUUUCAUGGAUUCAUCUGAGAUUAGAACGAAUAAUUUCAUAGUAAGGCAGUUGUUCGAGUCAUGCAUGAAGAAUGGUUUAUAUGAGUCAGCAAAGCCUCUCCUUGAAAAUUAUGUGAACUCUGCUGCGAAGGUGGAUCUGGUUCUCUACACAUCGAUUCUUGCCUAUUUGGUACGAUGCCAAGAAGAACACGAUGAGAGACAUUUGAUGACAAUCCUUGGUUCUACAAAGCACAAAGCUCAUGCUUUUUUGUGUGGACUCUUUACUGGCCCGGAACAGAGAAAACAGCCGGUUUUACCAUUUGUGAGGGAAUUUUUUCAAGGUAUCGAUUACGAGUUGGAAGAAGGGGCAGCUAGGUACUUUGUCAAUGUUCUCCUCAAUUAUCUUGUUCUCAUGGGGCAGAUUAACAGAGCUCGUUGUGUUUGGAAAGUUGCCUACGAGAAUAAGCUUUUCCCGAAGGCAAUAGUUUUUGAUCAGCAUAUCGCUUGGUCUCUUGACAUUAGAAACUUGUCGGUGGGAGCUGCUCUUAUAGCUGUUGUACACACCCUCCACAGAUUUAGGAAGCGAAUGUUGUACUACGGAGUGAUCCCUAGGCGCAUCAAAUUGGUUACAGGACCCACUUUGAAGAUCGUGGUUGCACAGAUGCUGAGCUCCGUAGAGUCCCCGUUUGAAGUCAGUAAGGUCGUUUUAAGGGCCACUGGAGACUCUGUUAUGGAGUGGUUCAAAAAACCGAUGGUGCAGCAGUUCCUUUUGAAUGAGAUACCAUCGAGAGCCGACAUCCUCAUGCACAAGCUGAAUAUACUGUUUCCAAGUUCUGCACCUGAAAUCAGGUCACUGGCGCCACCUAAACCACUCAUUGCAAGGAAGCGAAUCUAGCCUUGUGUACUGAUAGUUUAUACAAGAUGUUUUGUUUCAAUGAUAACACCCUUUAAUUUUCUUAUGAAUC